AUGACGUCCCGCUUGAAACACAAGCUCGAUUUGGAGCAGGUCAACCUCAAGAGCGCAUAUUUGAACGAAUCGUUUGUCCAGAUCGGAACACCACUACCUGCGCUGGCAGAGAGCCGUAAAGACAAGCUCGAGUAUGUACCGGAAUGGCAACAAGAGGUGCGCGAUGAGCAAGGACGUCGUCGGUUCCACGGGGCCUUCACUGGAGGAUACUCAGCGGGCUACUACAACUCCGUGGGGUCCAAAGAAGGAUGGGCCCCUUCGACCUUCAAGUCCUCCCGUACCAAUCGGGCGGCCAAAACCCAGCGGCCAGAGGACUUUAUGGAUGAAGAAGAUCUGGCACAGAUGAAGGAGGAUCGGACUCUGGAGAAUACCGAAACGUUCAGGUCGGACCGGCUGGGUAGUACAAAGGCUGAGCUGGCUGAGAAGAACAUUCCAUCAGCCCUCCAAUCGCUUAUCGAGCCCGCCCGGACAUCCAUCGGCCAAACCCUCCUGCAGAAACAAGGCUGGCGUCCCGGACAAGGUAUCGGACCUCGAAUCAACCUCCGGCGGCUCAAAAUGCAAGAUGCCAAGUCGGGCCGUUUACCGGAUCCCGACGAUGGGGACGAGGAUGUCGAUAUGGACCCGAGCAUCGGGGGCGAGGGCAGUGGGACUGGGAAGGGAAAGGGGAAGCAUACGUUUGCGCCGAGGGAUACGAAGCUGGUGGUCUACGAGGCGAAGGAGGAGAAGGCGGGAUUAGGGUAUUCGAAGGGGAUGGGAAGAGGGUUGGAUCGCGCGAAACCGCUAGCCAACCACGUCGAUAUGGACGACGAAGAUGAUCCCUACGCCAUAGCAGGGCCAUCGACCUCGGCCCGCCCGUUCGCUUUUACCGAUGCAGACGAAGACGAGGAUAUGCCGGUCGUCAUUGGUGGCUCGGCGGGUCCGUCCCGACUGCCUCCUUCAGCCAGAGACAUGUCGUCCUCGUCGAGAGGGGGCAGGUCGGACAUAGAUACGACGAGGUGGCAUGAUGGUCGGCCGGUCCUGUCAGGGUUCGAGCUAGACCCACUAGGUGUUCCAGCGGAUAAAUGGUUUGAGAUGCCGGAAAUACCGCCAGAUUGGAGACCUCGUCCUGCGCGCGUUUGGGGAACAGGGAAGAGAUGGGAUGAGAAGCCUGGGGAGGUCAAGGUGGAGAAGGAGGUCGUUAGGGGUGUUCCGGGUCGGCCGUUGACUUUUGAGCAGCGGGGUCAAGCAUUAGAGGAAACAGCACCUAUUACCACAUCCGCCCCUCCGAUACCUCAAUCGACAACGGAAGAUGGGAAAACGUCAAAAGCGAAAUCGGUCUUCGAAUACAUGUCCGAGAAAGACCGAGAACGGAUCCAAGCCAUAGCCGCUGCUGCCCGAGCCGGGGCCACCGUCCCUCCACCUCUCUCCCUAACCGAUACCCCUGCAUCCUCUGCCCCUCCCCCUCCUACCUCGGUCAUCAUCCCCCCACUCUCCCCUCGAACCGCCGGUGCCGCCCUCCGCGGCUUCAUACCCUACACCGACGAUCCCGCCAAACAAGACCGGUACCGCUCCUAUCUCUCCUCUCAGACCCUCAACACCCGCACGCCGCAACCCAACCUCCGGACCGGAUCUAUCGAGGAGAUCAAUAAAGAGCUGGACGACUUUGCCGGCUCUGCGCGGAUAUUCAAGCCCAUGUCAUUCGCCAUGUCGUCCCGCUUUACGAGUGGGUCCGCGAGCCUCGCCGGAAGCGAUAUGAAGCAGGCGAAACCGGGUCUACAUAUGUACGACAAGGAGAAGGCGGAGAAGGCGAUAGAGGAUGCCAAGAAGGUUCGGGAUAAUCAGGAUAAGGUGGAGGAGAAGCGGAAUAUGGGGCCGAGGGAGCGUGCGGCGGUGGAGGGGCGGUAUGGCGUGGAGACUCGGGUGGUGAAGGAGUUUUAUCCGGCCAAGUUGGUGUGUAGGAGGUUUGGCGUGCAGGAUCCUCAUCCGGAGGGAGAGCCCAAGGGGGCAGGGGCUGGAGCUGGCAGUGGGGGUGGAGUAGGGGAGUUGGGGGCGUUGCCGAAGAAUGAUGCGAGCUGGGAGGAUGCUUUCAUCUACAAGCCGGCGGAACCGAGCUCGCCCAGUUCGACUACGGCGGUACCCCUAGCGGCAGGGGCGGCGGCGCUGGUGGAAGAAGGAGAGCGCGUACCCAAGUCGCUGGCGGAAGUGGGGAUGGCGGAGGAUAUCAAUCAGGGGAGGGAUACUCUGACGUAUACCAAACCGAGUAUCGAUAUCUUUAAGGCGAUCUUUGCGAGUGACGAUGAGGACUCGGAUGAGGAGGACGGGGCAGAUGCGGACGCGGGACCUGCCAAAGCCACGACCACCCCCGCUAUAUCGGCGGUCUCCACAUCCUCGGCUGCUGCGCCAAAGCCGGUCUCGACUGCCCCGGUAGAUCUCACGACGUUCAAGCCGGUCUUCCAGGUCAAGCGAGAGAGGGACGACACGGAUCCCACCCAGCCUAAACGGAAGAAGGACAAGAGCAAGCCGAAAGGGAGUCUCAGCUUCCAAGUGGAGGAAGAAGGGGAGGAAGGUGGGGCCGGUGGCGAUGCGGAAGGAAGGGAGAGGAAACGGAAGAUGGAGCGGAAAGAGCCGGUGGCGAGUGUGUUGAGGAAGAGUGCGGCGAUACCGGUGAAGGAGACGGCACCUGCGGAAGAGGAGGAUAUGUGGGUGGAGAAGCCGGCGCCGAUUCUGGCUAGAGUGGGUGGUGGGAGGAAAGGGGCGGCAGACUUCAUGUGA